CCGUGCAUUGGUGUUGGUGUGAGAACGCGUUCGAAAAGUGUUUGAACGGCGGAAAAGAACUCGCUCCAGCAUCGUAACCGUUGACAUUUCUGAAUUUUACACGCGCCCGCUCCCGCUCAGCAUCAGGCGAAGCAACAAGGACUCGCAACAGGAAGCCACCGAAAUUGUCCUUGGCCGUCGAUAGCAUCAUCGUUGGGCAAAAAAAAGCGUACAAAGCGUUACGUUUCCUGGUACACGCCGGUUUCUAGAAUCUGCAACACCAUCGUCUGCGCUUGGGCAUUUUUGCAUUCUGUCUCGGGACUUGUAAUUAUUCGGAGGAAACUGUAAAGAGCGUGGAGUGGUAGUUUGAAGAAGUAGGUAAACAUGAGUAGCGCUACUAGACCCGACGAGAAGGCGGUGGACAUCCCGGAGGAGCUGUAUGAUGGCGGCUCGAAACGGACCUACCGGAGGCUGCGGUUUUUUGGCAAGGGAGGAUUCGCCAAGUGCUACGAGAUCGUGGAUGUGGCGACAAAGGAAGUGUUUGCCGGGAAGAUCGUCUCGAAGAAGUUGAUGCUGAAGCACAACCAGAAGGAGAAGAUGACGCAGGAAAUCACGAUUCACCGGUCGUUGAACCACAAAAACAUUGUCGGUUUCCACAGCUUCUUCGAUGAUCCGCUCAAUAUCUACAUCGUGCUGGAACUGUGCAAGAAGCGGUCGAUGAUGGAACUGCACAAACGCCGUAAAUUCAUCACCGACUACGAGUGCCGGUACUACAUGCAUCAGGUGAUGACGGGAGUCAAGUAUCUGCACGAUAAGCACAUCAUCCAUCGGGACUUGAAGCUAGGCAAUCUGUUUCUGAACGAUAACCUGCACGUUAAGAUCGGUGACUUUGGUCUGGCUACCAAGAUUGAGUUCGAGGGCGAGCGCAAGAAAACGCUCUGCGGUACGCCGAACUAUAUCGCACCGGAGAUACUCAACAAGAAGGGUCACAGCUACGAGGUGGACAUUUGGUCGAUUGGGUGCGUGAUGUACACGCUGCUCGUCGGAAAGCCACCGUUCGAAACGAAGAGUCUGAAGGACACGUACAGUCGCAUCCGGAAGUGUGAAUACCGGUUGCCACCGACGCUGCGUAAAAGUGCGGCGGACAUGAUCUGCGCCAUGCUGCAGUCCGAUCCUGUGAAGCGACCACUCAUUAAUAAGCUGUUUGAGUUUGAAUUUCUUGCCCACGGUCACAUUCCUUCCUCGCUGCCCAUCUCGUGCCUUACGAUGGCACCGCGUGCCGAUCAGCUGGAGCCAGCGGAGCGCCUUAACCGUAAACCACUCUCUGAGAUGAAUGGUGGUGACGAUACGCGAUUCGAAUCGUCCUUCCUGAAGAACAAUCUACACGACGCCAUCACUGCGAGCGGUAUGAUCUCGCGCCAUAACGAUACGUACCGGACGGACAUCGAGACACUGCACCGCGAGCUCACGAAGCUGUUUUUGGCAAAACCACCGCGAUUGGCCAACAAUCUGGAUGACGAAAACACGGAUCCAGCCGUUCAGCCCCUGUUUUGGGUGUCCAAAUGGGUGGAUUACAGUGAUAAGUACGGUUUCGGGUACCAGCUGAGCGACGAAGGCAUGGGCGUUAUGUUUAACGACACAACGAAGCUAAUUAUGCUUGCCAAUGGCCAUAACGUUCAUUUCAUUGAUAAAGAGGGCCAGGAAACGUACUGGGAUGUGAACAGCUUCCCGCCGCAUCUGGAGAAGAAGAUGAAGCUGCUGACUUACUUCAAGCGAUACAUGAUGGAGCAUCUGGUGAAGGCUGGCGCCGGAGCCGCGAACGUUGAGAGCGAUCAGCUAUCUCGUAUCCCGCACAUGCAUACCUGGUUCCGCACCAUGUGCGCCGUCGUUAUGCAUCUCACCAAUGGUACCGUACAGCUUAACUUCUCCGAUCACCAGAAGAUCAUACUUUGCCCGCUGAUGAGAGCCGUCACACUGAUGGACAACAACAAAAACUUCCGUACAUACCGCUUCCAGACGAUCAUCGAUCAGGGUUGCUCAAACGAUCUGUACACUAAGCUCCGGUACGCUCAUGAGAAGAUCAAGAAGCUGUUGGAGAAGCUUACGUAGAGAGGGUCGAGGUG